UGAUAAUGGCAUUGGUAUUCAAGUUUGAUCGAUCCAUUUACAGGAUAAAUGAAAGAAUUUUAGACAUCUAUAAGUAACAUGGAAUCAGGAUACAUAAUAAAGGAUAACGCGAGGAUUACUACAAAAGAUGUACCAAACUUAAGUGCAUUGUCAGAAUGCAUUUGUUACAGACCACAUUCUAACAUUAUAUGCAAUGGUUGUGGAUUUUGGACCAGAGGAAGAGUAAGAUACCCUUGUUCUCAACAUCCCAAGAUAGUUUUCUUACAUGAUCAUGCUCAGUGUCCAAGGUGUAAGAGCUAUGACUUUAUGCUUACAGAGAUCUAAAGCAAAUGUGACAUUAUUUUUGUUACUUUGAUUAAAGUUAUAUACUAAACAAGUUAAACAUAAGCAAGACAAAUACAGAGAAGUUAAAAGUUGCUAAU